CCUACAAAACAGAAAGCAGGUGGGGCGCAGGCCUGCAGCGAGCCCUUCCAGGGAGUCCCAGCGUGCCACAGCUGGGAUCAUCCUCUCUCACACAAAGUUCCCCAGACAGGGAGCUCCUGCUUCCGAGCUUCCUGUUCCUUCAGGAGGUGAAAUGGAUGGAGCAGUGUCUGGAAAGGCGCACUUGUGUGGAAGGGGAAGAGAAACUAAUGCACACACACAUCUACAUAAUUUAAAACUCGGCUGAGCACAAGGAGAGGAAAGCAUUGGGGACUGUGAGAAGAUGACAGAGGAGUGCGGGCAGCCGGGGAAGGGCAGAGGCUGUUGGUGGAGACUGUUCAGUCACAUUCUCUGCUCCAAGUCCGUAAAAUCUCAUUCCAAGCCAGCGGGAAGAGCUGAGGCUCAAUUAUACAUUCCUAGGAGAAGCAACCUGGUGGCCCAGGCUGACUCGGAUGUCCACUUCUGGUCCAGUCAACUGGGAUUGGGUCUCAGAAGAGAGGGGCUGGCUUACCAGGCUUACGGUGAAGGCUCUGGUGCUGACUGUAGACGCCAUGUCCAAAAAUUAAAUCUGCUACAGGGACAAGUUUCAGAGCUGCCACUCAGGUGUCUAGAAGAAACCGUCAGUGCCGGUGAAGAAGAAAACGUGGGCCACCAGCAGGCUGGGAAUGUGAAGCAGCAGGAAAAAUCGCGGCCCUCAGAGAGUCGCUGGCUGAAGUAUCUAGAAAAGGACUCCCAAGAACUGGAGCUGGAAGGAAGAGGAGUGUGUUUCAGCAAACAGCCUUCACCCAAAUUGGAGGAGCCAAGCCCCCGCUUCAGUCAAGACCUGCCUAGAAAAAGGAAGUGGAGCCAGAGCACCGUCCAGCCUCCAUGCAGCCUUGGCGUCCAGGACUCUGGUGGCUCUGAGGUCGCCUGGGAACCCCAGAAGGAGCCAGGGCACAGCAAGGGCACUGCCGUUGGGAGUCCACUGGGCGUCAGUCACUGCCCCCACCCCCACGUCAGCCAGGGUCCGUCUCCACUGGCCUCACCACACAGAGCACUGGCUCAUGCCGAGACAGAAUUCAACAGAAUUCAAACUUUGAUGUUGCCGCCAACUAGUUUUGUGAUCCUGGGGACAGGCUGGCCUGACAUGGAAGGUGAAACAAGGCAGCAGCCCCUGCCUCCAGGAGAACUCUGCAGACUGCAGUGCCAGGGAGCUGAGGGGUCCUGGGAAGGAGCUACGGAGUCCUGCCCAGCAGGUUAUAGCCACAUCCUCUAAAUGGGCGCGAUUUGUCCUGUCACCUAGAAAAAGUUCACACGUGGACAGUGAGCAGCCAAGGUAUCUUCAGAGGGACCCCAGGUCAGCUGGUCCAGCACAGGCUAAGCAAGGGACCCCCAGAGCACAGGCCUCAAGGGACAGCCUCAGCAGGCCCACUGCCGCUGUCCAGCUUCCUCAAGCCACACACACCCUCACAUCCGGGCCUAAGAGGCCCUGUGGGAAGACCUCAUGGGACGCAAGGACUCCCUGGGCAGAGGGUGGGUCCCUGGUCCUGGAGGCGCAGAAUCCUCAACCCACACGACUAUGUGACCUCUUUACAACUGGGGAAGACUUUGAUGAUGAUCUGUGAUCUGGGACUGGCAGGUUAUUAAUCGAGGUACACUUGUUAGGUGGGACAGUUCCCCUAAGGCACUUUUAAAGAUACUGUGUAAGAACCACUAACAAUAAACUUAACUGUCAAACAA